GCUUUCCAUCUAAAAAAUCUGUUUAGUGAUAUUUAUAUGAAUCCUGAAACAAAUUAUAUUAUCCAUAAGGAGUUCAAUGACUUCAAAAAAAGAGAUCUAGUUCGAAGAGAAGCUCCUGGAUAUGAGUCUGAUAUGCCGAUAGUGUUUAUACCUGAAGCUUCUGAUAAAGAGUGUAUUCCUCAGAACAGAAUGUCGUCUUUUGGAUUUUUAGGUUUUGUGUUAGCCUCCGUGAAUGCUGUUGUAAAUGUUGCCAACAACAUUAACAAUAACAACAACAACAGAAACAACAACAACAAUCAGAAUAAUAACAACCAGGUUAACACUAAUAUAGCAAACAGUGGGAAUACACAGGACUCCAUGAGUAUGGCAAUGACAGGUCGAGAUGUUGGAUUCUUGGACCGAAUGCGACAGGCUCGAGAUAGGGUUUUAGACGCAUUUAUCCCAAAAGAAACAAAAGACGACAUUACUGUUUAUCCAAAUGCAACCGAAGGGGAUAUUCUUUACAGAAAACGAAUUGAAACUCAGGGAUUAGGGCUUCUGGAAACUAUGCUGAAAAAUGGAGCAGAGCGAAAAAACAAAACACACAAAACAGCAGUUGAACAUACUCAAAUACUUGAGUUAAUGGAAGCACUGUACAAAAACAAGGUUAGCGGAACUAACGGAGAUCAACACAAUAUAAGCGGAACUAGCGGAUACAGCGAAACUAGUGAAACCAGCGGAACUAGCCUAACUGAAGAGAAUAGUGGAACAGAUUUAGCGGAUAAAGACAAAGAUAAAAUACAACAUGAAAAAAAAGGAUCUAGAACUAAAAGAGAAUAUGAAGACGACAGACUUAAAAUAACAGAAACCAUAAAAAUGAAGGCGAGGUUGGUCGGGUUAGCUCAUCUUAUAGCAUUCACCAACAUCACUUCAUCAGUUGAAUUAAUGGAGAAUGAAGGUUACAUACAAAACUUGUACAAAGCUUUAGACAGUGGGAGUUUAGCGCUCGGUCCAUCGGCAUCUACUUUAUCAAGACAUAUAACUAAUGGAGUCCAAUA